AUGGCUCAUCGAUGUUUCAUACUUGUGUUGUUAGUUCUGGGUGUUAUGUUCACUGUAGCUACGGCUCGUGCUAUUGGAGACGUGCCCAUGCGCGCAAAGUUUGAGCAGUGGAUGGCCAAGUAUGAGCGAUUCUACACGGAUGCAACAGAGAAGGAGCGACGUUUCCAAAUCUUCAAGGAUAACUAUGAGUACAUUGAGUCAUUCAAUAAAGCUGGUAAAUAUACUUAUACGCUUGCCCUCAAUAAUUUCGCAGACAUGACUGAUGACGAAGUCGACACCUCUUACCCUUGCGCUGGAGGAGGAGAGUCUGAGCGUCCAAAGUCCGCGACCGGAAGCUUUCGGUAUGCCGACUUUGACGACUUGCCUGACGAGGUGGACUGGGCAAGCAAGGGCGCAGUCACUAACGCCAAGAAUCAAGGCAACUGUGGGAGCUGCACGGCAUUCUCUGCUGUAGCUGCCAUCGAAGGGAUCUCUCAAAUCAAGACCGGCAAUUUGAUCCCUCUGGCGCCACAACAAAUUAUGGACUGUGAUCCUAAUAGCCUUGGAUGCAAGGGGGGAUGGGUGAGCAACGCCUUUAUUUACGUCAUCAAUAAUGGAGGCAUAGCAUCGGAAGUAAAUUACACUUACAAAGCAGUCACCGGCUCAUGCGCCGCCAACGAGACCUUAUAUCUGGCAGCUACGAUUAGCGGCUACGAGUUCGUGCCUCCAAAUAACGAGACUGCGCUCAUGCAGGCAGUCGCGAACCAGCCUGUUUCCAUUUCCAUUUGUGCUCACGGGAGAAACUUCAAGCGGUACGGCGGAGGCCUCUUCGAAGGUCCGUGCGAUUCUUGUUUUAGCCACGCUAUGACGAUUGUUGGUUACGGGACAUAUUACGAUGAUGAUGAUACUGAAUAUUGGCGAUUGAAGAAUUCAUAUGGUGAAGGAUGGGGUGAGAAUGGAUUCAUGUACAUCAAGCGUAACGUUGAAUCAUACGGCGAAGGGCUUUGUAGUCUUGCCAAGGAACCUCUAUACCCAACAAAAUAA